UGUGUGUGUGUGUGUGUGUGUGUCAGAUAUACGGUGACAUGUGGGCGAAGCUGCAGCGCGCCGUGGCCAUAUGGAGUGGUUUCGGCAUGACGCUGACCGGAGUGCAGACGUGUGGAGAUUACAUGUUCAGUGGACACACCGUGGUCCUCACCAUGCUCAACUUCUUCGUCACGGAGUACACGCCGCGCAGCUGGAACUUCAUCCACACGCUCUCCUGGGUGCUCAACCUGUUCGGUAUCUUCUUCAUCCUGGCGGCGCACGAGCACUACUCCAUCGACGUCUUCAUCGCCUUCUACAUCACCACCAGACUCUUCCUGUACUACCACACGCUGGCCAACACUCGAGCCUAUCAGCAGAGCCGGCGCGCUCGCAUCUGGUUCCCCAUGUUCUCCUUCUUCGAGUGCAACGUCAACGGACCCGUUCCGAACGAGUACUGCUGGCCGUUCGCUCGGCCCGCCAUCCUCAGGCGCCUCAUCGGCUGACCCCCGACGAACGCGGCUGAUCCCGCCGAUGCCAUGAUGUAGAGGAGGCCAAAAGCUCUCGAGCGGAGGCGGACCGCCAAGUGUUUUUACUCCGCUUUUUAAAAGUGUCUGUACUUUUAUCGGUGUUUCUUUACUUCACAACAUUUAAAACAUUUAACAUAUAAGAAAAAGCAAUUUGCAAAAACCGAUAAAUUUGCAAAAACCGAUAAAUUUGCAAAAACCGAUAAAUUUGCAAAAAAAACCCCCCGAUAAAUUUGCUUAAAAAUGAGGGAAAAGAUCUGUUUAUUGUGUGUCACGUCCAUACGAUUUAUGAUCACAACAACAACGAUCUUUGUCAGGCGUCUAUGUCGUAUAUGAGGAGAUUACAAAGAUUAAACCAGUUAUCUGCUUUUGCUAUUUUGCUAUAAAACUAACUUUAAAUAUGAAAAAAAAAAUAGUGAGCUUUAACCUUUAUUUAUGUAUUGAAUUUAGUUAUUAUUACUAAAUCUAAACAACCCAAAUGCAGUUUGAUUGAUAUUACUCGGAAUGUGCAAUAAAAUGUGAUAAUAUAAAAUAAUAAUAAAAUAAAAAUUGAGUUAUCGGUUUUUGCAAAUAAACUCACUUUUUAGUGCACUACGUCUCAUCUCAAAUGCUUUAAAUUAGUAAAAGUGAUUCAAACAUUUAGUACUGCAUUUUUAAUGUUCUUAAGCGUUUGAGGUAAAAAAUAGUUUUAUUUGUGAAAUAUAAUGCAGUAGAAAUAUGUUAUGUUUUGGCAUGUAGUAAAGUAACAUUUUUCCAAAGAAAAACACUGAUAAAGUACAGAUACUUUUACAUUUACCGGAGUAAAGUUAAAAUACUUCAGUGCUGUCCGCCUCUGCUCUCGAUGAACACGCACACACACACGCGCACACACACACACACACACACACACACACACACACACACAGGUUUCCUCCGGUAGCUGUUGUCUUUAAAGGGAUUUCUGUGUGUGUCUGGCUUAUUUGUAUUUCACGUCGGAAACUAAAACUACUAAACUGGAGCUAUGAAAGUCUUGCUCUUCCCGUUGACUGGGAAACCUCUUAAAUGGUUUGCAUGACAGUCAGUAUUCGUUUCAUCUAGUUUCAUAAAAAUCCUGUAGAUACUUGA